CGCCAGCCCCAGAUGAAGAUUCCCCUUCUCAACCCACCUAACAUUCGGUUAAUAACUUCCAAUCAAAUCGUGGCAGAUACCACAGUCCAAGCUAUCAGAGUGUCUUCGUGGACGCCAUGGCUGCGAAGGUGUCCGGUGGAAGCAUAGGGAAGCCUAUUCGAUGCAGAGCUGCUGUGUGUCGGAGGCCAAGUGAGCCACUAGUGAUCGAAGAGAUCAUAGUGGCACCCCCGAUGCCUCAUGAAGUACGCAUUCGAAUUAUUUAUACUUCUCUUUGCCACAGUGAUGUCUUGUUCUGGAAGAUUGAGGACUAUGCUGCUGCAAUGUUCCCUAGAAUUCUCGGUCAUGAAGCUAUUGGGGUUGUGGAGAGUCUUGGGGAGGAUGUCAAUGAGGUAAGUGAAGGAGAUACUGUCAUCCCAACAUUUGUGUCUGAGUGUGGAGAAUGUCGAGAUUGCAAAUCACCGAAGAGCAAUCUAUGUUCAAAAUUACCCUUCAAGUCCUCACGGGUGGCACCUUUUAUGCCAAGAUAUGAGACUAGCAGAUUCACAGACCUCAACGGCGAGGCUAUAUACCAUUUCCUAUCUGUAUCUAGUUUUAGUGAGUAUACAGUGGUAGACAUAGCCCAUGUCACAAAGAUUGAUUCUGGAAUACCUCUUACUAAGGCUGCAGGCCUUCUGGGGUGUGGGAUAUCAACAGGGGUUGGUGCUGCAUGUAGAACAGCAAAUAUAGAGCCAGGAUCAACUGUGGCUAUAUUCGGGCUUGGUUCAGUUGGCUUAGCUGUUGCAGAGGGAGCAAGACUUUGUGGAGCUACAAGAAUCAUCGGUGUGGAUGUGAACAAAGACAAAUUUGAAGUUGGGAAAAAGUUUGGACUCACUGACUUCGUCGAAUCUGCAAAUUCUGGUUCUAAAUCUGCGAGUGAGGUGAUAAUUGAGAUGACUGACGGGGGUGCAGAUUAUUGCUUUGAAUGUGUGGGAAUGGCAUCAUUGGUGCAAGAAGCUUAUGCUUGUUGCCGCAAGGGGUGGGGGGAAACAAUCGUGUUAGGAGUCGACAAGCCAGGGUCACAGGUGAGCAUUCCUUCAAAGGAUAUCCUUACUACAGGGAAAUCCCUCAUUGGAGCUGUAUUUGGAGGACUCAAACCCAAAUCGGAUAUUCCUAUCCUCCUAAAUCGCUACAUCAACAAGGAACUACAACUGGAUGAGUUUGUGACACAUGAAGUUACAUUUGAAGACAUCAACAAGGCUUUUGAUUUACUCAUUGAAGGGAAAAGUCUGAAAUGUGUAAUCUGUAUGGAUGAUCAGUGAGUUACUUCCGUUGGUAAAAGCCUCUCCUUGCAUAUGCAAGAUUUCAAUGUGAAGGCAAUAGAAAUAUUGAAUACAUUAGUCAUUGUCUUCCCAAGUUCAAUUUGAGCGAAUUAUAAGCUAAGCUCAUCUAACUGAGUUUAUUUAUUUAUUAUUUAUUUUAAUAUGUUGAGUAAGUAUAUACCUCAUAUCUCUGUUGUACAUCGCAAUAUUGUGUGAAUUAGUAUUUGUAAAACCUUCUAUUACAA